CCUCCGCCUCAGAGCGUCGCCACUUCGGGUCCCAGCAGCAUUCGGCAUCGUGGUGGAGCCUCGGAACCGAACAUCAUCUGGAAACUUUAUAUUCCGUUCGAAAAAAAAUCUUGGCAAACGAACGGCAAUUUUUGGUGCUAUUUUUUUCAUUUUGAACAUUUUUCCCUCAAGAAGGAGUCACUUUAUAUUUUUCUGGAUUUUUUUUCCUCCCUUUUUUUUUUUUUUUUUUUCCUACGAAUGGAAAAAACGAGCUCCGUCCGACUAACCGAAAUAGUCUCUCGCUAACUUUUUUGUUUUGUUCAUUGAUCCAAAUCCCAAGAAAGCAUCUCGGGAGGCGGAGUCAAGCCUUUCCCCCCCAAUUUGUUGUUGUUAAAAAGGGGGCGCACGCUCGCCUCGCUCGGACGCCGCCACCAUGAUGAUGAUGUCUCUGAGCAGCAAGCAGCCCUUCUCCGCCAUGGCGCACGCCAGCCUGGCCGAAGCCAAGUACUCGUCGCUGCACUCCGGAUCGGGCGGUUCCACGUCGUCGUCUUCGUCCUCGGCCACGUCCAACGCGGUGUCUUCCUCUUCGGCGUCCUCUUCCUCGGCCUCCUCGUGCGCCUCCUCCCGCCACAGCAGCAUCAUCAGCACCAGCACGGAGGCGAUGCGGCGCGCGUGCCUCCCCACGCCACCGAGCAAUAUAUUCGGCGGCUUGGACGAGAGUCUGCUGGCCCGGGCUGAGGCGCUCGCCGCGGUGGACAUCGUCUCGCAGAGCAAGAGCCACCUGCACCACCACCACCCGCCGCCGCACCACAGCCCCUUCAAGCCGGACGCCACCUACCACACCAUGAACACGCUUCCGUGCACGUCGUCGUCGUCGUCCGCCGCCUCGUCGUCGGUGCCCAUCUCGCACCCGUCGGCGCUGGGGGGCGGAGGAGGCGGAGGAACGGGGGGCCACGGCCACCAUCACCACCACCACCACCACCAUCACCACCACCAGCCGCACCAGGCGCUGGAGGGCGACCUUCUGGAACACAUCACGCCGGGCCUGGCGCUGGGCGCCAUGGCCGGGCCGGACGUGUCCACGCCGGGGGCGCACAUGGCCGGCAUGAACCACAUGCACCAGGCGGCGCUCAGCAUGGCGCACGCCCACGGGCUUCCUCCGCACAUGGGCGGCAUGAGCGACGUGGACGCCGACCCGCGCGACCUGGAGGCCUUCGCCGAGCGCUUCAAGCAGCGGCGCAUCAAGCUGGGCGUGACGCAGGCCGACGUGGGCUCGGCCUUGGCCUCCCUCAAAAUCCCCGGCGUGGGCUCUCUCAGUCAGAGCACCAUCUGCAGGUUCGAGUCCCUGACGCUCUCGCACAACAACAUGAUCGCGCUCAAGCCCAUCCUGCAGGCCUGGCUGGAGGAGGCCGAAAAGUCGCACCGGGAGAAGCUCAACAAACCCGAGCUCUUCAACGGCGCCGAGAAGAAACGCAAACGCACCUCCAUCGCGGCUCCCGAGAAGCGCUCGCUCGAGGCCUACUUCGCCAUCCAACCGCGGCCGUCCUCCGAGAAAAUCGCCGCUAUCGCCGAGAAGCUGGACCUCAAGAAGAACGUGGUGCGCGUCUGGUUUUGCAACCAGCGGCAGAAACAAAAACGGAUGAAGUACUCAGCCUGCGUUUGAACUUGACAAACUUUCCUACAUUUCCUCCCAAAAACAACCCGAUGAAAAACACUCCUUUUUCCAUUCGUUUGUACAUAAGAAGAAAAAAAGGACUGCGCGUGGAGAAGAAGGAGCGUGCAAGUAAGACUUUCGAUAUAGAUUUGCAAUUUGCAAAAAAACAGCACUUGUUUGGUGACGGAAUUGUUGCGAAGACGUCAGAAUGACUGCCAAAUAUUCUUUGUAAAUGCGUCAUUUACACUUUCGUUUUCGUGUCUAAACGUGCAAUUUAUUGGUAUGAAAUCCACUUUUUUCCGGGGGGAAAAAUGACUAAAAGUCAUCAGGGAUCCCCAAAUUUUGAUGAAAAUGUUUUGUCCCCCACUGUUUACAAUCCAUGAUCUUGCUCCUUAUGAACUAUUUAUGGAGUGAGGUCAUGUUUACUUCAUUACAUAUUUAUCGGGACCCCCCUUUUUUCCUUUACCCCUCAACAUUUUAAGGUGAUACAAUCGAUAUAAAUAUAUAGAGAGAUAUUAUUUCACCCCUGCUAUUUAUGGAUUGAUUUGUAUAAAUAUAUGCGUCGUUUUUUGCUUGUACCAAUCACCUCGUUUGUUUACUUUGAAGUGUAAAUAACAAAAAUGUCAUCAAUUGCACAUUUAUUCGUAUUUUUUCCUGAUUUCUGUAUUUGCUGUUUUAGCGCCAGUAUUUUCUGUAUGAUGUAAUGUUUAUUUAUUUCCAACCCAAAAAAAAAAAAAUUAAUUAUAACUUUUUAAUCAUUUAUGGAUUUUGAGUUCACAAUUGCAGUGUGUGUUUCAUUAAAAGAACAAACUGACAUUUGGAAGGGAGACGGGAAAAAAACCCUCCAGACAUGCUAAUGUUAUUUUCGAUUAUGAAUUCAUCUGUUUAUUUAUUGAUAAGGUAGGAGGAGGAAACGCUUUACGGCAACACAGCAGUGUGCAUGCACAACUCCUACAAUAAAACCAAUAAAUCCAUCAUUGGGCUCCCAUCAUACGCUGGCAUUUUGGAAUAUUGUUUUUUAUUUUUCAAAAAAAUGACGUGAUUGACGCCCCACAGCUUGUGCUUACCUGAGAGCAAAUGCUAAUAUUCUAUUAGAGGCUUAAUCAGGAGGCCUGGGAGGCUCCCCGGAGCGCUUGGGGGGGUUGGGGGGGCUUGCCAGAUGUCAGCACGCCAGAAAAACAGCUCGCCUGCCAGAAAAAAAGAAAAAAAAAAAUCGUCAACCUUUGCACACUUUGAAGGAUCUACACGAGGAUUAGGAAGGAGUUUGAAUCCGAGCGUGGCCUGCGGAAGACGUUACAAGCGCUUUGCAUGCUGGGCAAUUUAUUGGGGACACCUGACAAAGUGACAUUUUGGAAAAGGGACUUUAUUUUAUUUUUAGUCAAAAUUAUUUUUGUGCAUUUAAGAGUUCAGAUUAAAAAAUAAAAAACCUCCAUAUAUCUGUUUAUAAUGCAAAUUCACAACAUGUAUAGAAAGACACGCACGUAUAAUUUUGCAUGAAUAAAUGUAGAUUUUUGAAAUAUUUUUUCCAGCAAUUACUUUUAAGGACAAAUUGGUGAUUAUUUGUUAUAUGCUAUGAACAAAUCAUUUUUAUUAUGCUUUACUAUGAGGAAAAUCUACAGUCAAUCAAUGUCAUAUGUUACUUUUAUGCACACUUAUAACAAUACUAUUAUUAUAUGCAUCCAAUUUGUGCAUUUAAGAACAUUUAAGACAUGUCAAAGUGCUCAUGCAACUGCCAUAAUAUAUUUUGUGCAAGAGUUCAAAUUGCACUUUUCACGAUCACUUGAGUGAGCAAAAAUUUGCACAGGCAGAAAAAAUAUUGCUUUAAAAAUAUAUGGCAGAAAACACUCAAGUGACUUGAAGUUCCUCUCCGAGACUCCGAGAUUUGGCCAAAUUUCAAAAUUGUCCUAUAUGCAUGUGUGAUACAUCAUUGGAAAGCUUAAAAUCUCAAUUUUCUGGGGGAAGAAAAUUUUUGAACAGGAAGGCGUUAAUUUUUUUUUAUUUUUUAUUUUUUUAAACAGCAAAACUAACUGGAGGUGAAAGCACGCGAGAGCAGAAUUAAAGACGCCAUGAUUUUAACGAGAUAUUAUCGCGUACACACCUUGUUUCGAUCCAAAAACUCCAUGUAGCAUGUAUCACCGAGUGUCAAGACUCAGCUAUGAAUGGUCACAGCCGAAUUUUGGGGGGAUUUUAUGGGUGGAACAUGGUAAUAUAACAAGGGUCGCGAUGCAUAAAUCGCAGACAUCAAGGAGUGGUCAAGAUUUUCUUUUUCAUAUAUCUACCCUUUUAAACGUCCCCCCCCAAUUUUUUCUUUGUCUGGAUUGAUUAUUUAUCAUCCAACAUGUCAGGAAAAUGUGACAGCAACAAAAAAAUUUAAAAAAUAAAAAAUACAAUUAAGCGAUAGUUGUGAGGUAGAUAUCGUGACUUAUUUACAGACACCAUUUUUUUUCAUUGUGACGUAAUUUGUUUAAAAGUUUACAAUAUGCAAGUGAAUAAUUUUUUAAGUCGUUUUUUUUUUUUUAAACGAAAAAUUAGACCUCAAUAAUGAUUCUAAGCUAAAAAUUACAUUUCGAUUAAUAUGGUAAAUGUAAUUAUUUCCAAUCUAUUUAUGGCUGAGAUGAAACAAAAGCGGUUGCGCGACGUCUGUAAACGGGGCUUUCCAGGGUAAAACGGACAAAUUAAAAAUACUUCGGGGGCUUAAUACGCCAUGAAUCUGCUAUGGCAGCAUAUAGAAAUAUUGUUCUAUUUUGUAUAUAUUGUACCAUUUUUUCCCCAUUGUGACGUAAUUUGUUUAAAAGUUUAAAAUAUGCGAGUAAAUAAUUUUUAAAGUUUUUUUUUUUUUUUUAACUAAAUAUUAGACAUCAUUCUAAGUUAAAAAAGACAGACAUUUCGAAUCAUAAAUAUAAUUACUUACCUUCUUUUUAUGACUAGGUUGAAAAAAAAAAGUGGUUGCGCGAGGUGUGUAAAUGGGUGUUUCCAGGGUAAAACGGACAAAUUAAAAUUUGUGCUUUGCUUAAUGUGCCAUGAAUCUGCUAUGGCAACAUGUAGACAUAUUGUUCUAUCCAACACAACAGUUCUUUAAUUGGCUUCGAAUACAGCAGUUUAUUUUAUAGAGGGGUGCAAGAGCAGAAACUGCUUUUUCAGCCUUGUCUGUGUUUUCUGCCAUAUAGCUUUAAAUCAAAUUCAAUCAGUCAGGCACAAUACACUAAUGAUAAACAUAAUGUGAAAUCAGGUAGAAAAAAAUAAUUUGUACUUAAAAUUCAAAAAUGUCUUUUUCACAGUUGCAGCACUACAUUUACUUUAUGUAUAGCUGUAUAAUGCCAACUAACAAGCCUAUCCUAUACCUAAAAGUUGUAACCCAAAAUCUAACUUUCAUUUUUAAACAUACUGAGCACAACCUAAAACGCCAGAACAUAACACACACGUUUCCCUGAAAACUGAGUGGCAACGUAUAAGCAUUAAAUCUUUAAAAGGUCAAUCGUUUAAUCCAGUGCAACUCACACCAUGCACGCAAUAUCCAUAAUUUAUCACCAAUGUACAAUAAAGCCCUGAAAAACU